AUGUCCUCUCCAAGACGCAGUCCGAUGUUCUUCAACUCCUCCCCAUUCAUAGGCGUCCAAGACACCAGCCGACGUUCGGAAAUAUCGCCGCCAGUCACUACCAUGGAAACUGGUCAACCGACCUACGCACCAAGUAGCGAACACGCGCGUCUCUCCACGGCCAACGACGAGGACGAUGUCGAAUCUCUCCCGUCCUACGGCACCGUCGCGCGCGACUUUCCACCGACCUACUGCACCUACGGCAUCUGUGCGGUCCACGGAAUGUCGUGUAUUCCAGCGAAAUGCUGCAUCGAUCGAGAGCUCAGGAUGGCGAGUCGAAGAGAAGAUAGGAACUGGCCUGCGCGAGCUGGGACUUUACCGGCUCUGUGUUUGGCUUGUGGAAUUUGGUCGUUCGCGAUCCUUUUCGCUAUCGUGGUAUUUGCACCUGAAGGUUCCUCGGAUACGAAGCCUUGA